CGCACGCUCAAACCCUUCUUUCUUUCUUUCUUCUUCGUUUUCAUCUCUUCAUCAUCAUCGGCGACGAUACGAUGGGUAAGAAAAACAAAGCAAUGAAGGAAAAUAGCGACGGCACCGUUAAACAAUGUCCGUUAACACUCUUUGUUUCUAAUUUACCCUAUUCCUUCACUAACUCUCAGCUUGAACAAACUUUCAGUGAAGUUGGACCUGUUAGACGCUGUUUCAUGGUUACACAAAAGGGGUCUACACAACAUCGUGGUUUUGGUUAUGUUCAAUUUGCUGUUGAGAAAGACGCUAACCAAGCCAUUGAGCUGAAGAACAGUUCAUUGGUUGGUGACCGGAAAAUUGUAGUGAAGCACGCAAUCCCUCGUCCUCCCCGUGAAAAUCGAAGAUCGAAACCGGAUCAAGAGGGCAAUGAAGGCGAUCUCACAGAAUCAAAAAAUGAUGAUAAAGACAGCGAAUUAUCUGGAGCAGAGAAGCCUGUUUCAGUUCCAAAAGAACCAAAAGAAGAAGAAGUGAAAGUUUUGGAUAAACCGAAAAACUCAAGGAAGCCUGUGGAAAUAAAAAAAGCAGCUCUUUGUAAUGACGCAGCAGAUGAGGGGGGUGGCUCAGAAAAACAGAAGGUUGCUAGAACUGUUAUAUUUGGUGGUCUCGUGAAUUCUGCUAUGGCUGAAGAUGUUCACCGCCAAGCCAGAGAAAUCGGCACUGUGUGUUCUAUUAAGCAUCCCCUUUCAAGGAAUGAUCUUCAGCAGCAUGGUCUGCUGCAAGAAGGCUGUACUUUCAAUGCUUCAGCUGUACUUUAUACAAGUGUAAAAUCAGCCCGUGCUUCUGUUGCAACAUUGCAUAAAAAAGAGAUAGGAGGGGGAACUGUUUGGGCACGCCAACUUGGUGGGGAGGGAGCCAAGACUCAGAAAUGGAAGCUUAUUGUCAGAAACCUUCCUUUCAAGGCCAAAGAAAAUGAAAUAAGGGACGCAUUUUCAUCUGCGGGGACUGUAUGGGAGGUAUUCAUUCCACAGAAGUCCGACACAGGUCUUUCAAAGGGUUUUGCAUUUGUAAAAUUCACCUGCAAGCAAGAUGCUGAAAAUGCGAUUCGAAAACUCAAUGGAUCGAAGUUUGGGAGUCGUCUCAUAGCUGUUGAUUGGGCUGUUCCAAAAAAGAUAUUUAGUAGUGAUACCAAUGACGCUCCUGCUUCAGAGGAAGGACAACAAAAGGUGACAGAUGAAGAUGGUAGUACAACUACUGAGGAUGAUCUUGAGAAUACUGACAAAAAAUCUGAUCAAGGAGAUGAUAGUGACAUUGAUAGUGUUGUGGAGGAAGAUGUUCCUUCUGAAGAUGAUUUUGACAAGGAAGCAGACAUUGCAAGAAAAGUUCUUAACAACUUGAUUACAUCCUCUGCCAAAGACGAAUCUGUAAAUAACGAUUCCGUGUCUUCUGAAGAAAAGAACAAGCCAAAAUCCAAGGAAACUGUUAAGGGUGCAGAUAGUAAAACAUCUAAAGAGUCCGACAAGGUUUCAGAUAUUUCUAAGCCUGAAACUUCCAAGGAAACAGAAGAUGAUUUGCACAGAACAGUUUUUAUAACCAAUCUUCCCUUUGAAUUAGAUACCGAAGAACUGAAGCAACGGUUUUCUGCAUUUGGUGAAGUAGAAUAUUUUGCUCCUGUUCUCCACCAAGUGACCAAGCGUCCACGAGGGACUGGUUUUCUUAAGUUUAAAACCGCGGAAGCAGCUGAUAAUGCAAUUUCAACUGCCAAUACUGCUUCUGGGAUGGGUAUUUUGGUAAAGGGUAGACCAUUAAAGGUUUUAAAGGCUCUGGACAAGAAAUCGGCUCAUGACAAGGAACAGGAGAAAGAAAAAAAUGAAGUUCAAGACCACCGCAAUCUUUACUUGGCGAAGGAGGGACUUAUUCUUGACGGAACUCCAGCUGCCGAAGGGGUUUCAGCCACUGAUAUGUCAAAACGCAAAAAUUUGGAAAGGAAAAAGAAGACGAAGCUUCAAUCUCCAAAUUUUCAUGUUUCAAAAACUAGACUUGUUAUCUACAACUUACCAAAGUCAAUGACUGAAAAACAACUUAAGACGCUUUGCAUUGAUGCAGUCAUCUCUAGAGCUACCAAGCAAAUACCUGUAAUUCGGCAGAUAAAGAUUUUGAAAGAUGGCAGGAAAGGAAAGGCUACUCAAGAACAGCAGUAUUCCCGUGGAGUCGCUUUUCUUGAAUUUUCAGAGCAUCAACAUGCUCUUGUUGCUUUGAGAGUUCUUAACAAUAAUCCUGAAACCUUUGGUCCUGAACAUCGGCCAAUUGUGGAGUUUGCUCUUGAUAAUAUCCAGAAAUUGAAACUUCGUAACGAAAAGCUACAGUAUCAGCAGCGGGCUCCUCACAAUGGCAACAGCAGAAACGAAAAUGAUAAACCCAACAAUGCGGGAGUUUACACACAUGGAACUGACAGAAAACGAAAAUCUCAAGAGCAUGGCAAACCAGCAAAAGACUUGGCACCAGAUUCAAAUAGUGAACACGGUGGUAGAGUGCCAAAUGGAAAAUCUCCUCAAGGAGGCAAAUCCAAAAGACAGAAAGGGGACCCCAAGAGUACAAAUACCGAUGUGAUCUCAUCGAAAGAAAGUCCAAAAGCUUCUUCGGCAAGGAAGCUAAAAAAUAACCAAGAUGGCCAGAAUCAUGGUGCUAAAUUACAUGAAGGUAAAAAUAGUUCCAUUGACAGUAAUAGGAAAAUAUCAGGUAAGAAAGAAGACGCAGUAUUUGGAAAGAGGAAGAUGCAUAACCAAGAACAAGCAGGGGAAAAGGUUUCUAGGAAAAGGCCAAAGAAGAACAAAGAUUCAGUAGGGAAGGACACAGUAGAUAAGCUUGACAUGCUUAUAGAACAAUAUAGAUCCAAGUUCUCACACAAGGGUUCUCAAGGAAAUGAUGGUGAGAAAAAACAAUCUAAACAGCUUAGGAAAUGGUUCCAAUCAUAAUUUUGUUAUGAAAUGAAUUUUGACACUUGAUUCUUAUUUACCCUACUUCUUUUGAGCCUCAUCUUGAGUUAUUUCAAGUUUUUUGCUAUACUUUAUGAUGUUCAAGUAUUUAACCUUUUUGUAAUAGCGUUAUCUCUUUGAGAUUUUAGUGGAUGCUAAUGUAAUGUGUAUCAAAUAUUCGAAUCAUUUGUGUUGAAUCAUUUUGAUUGAGUUAAA